AUGAUAUUGGAUCAACUGCUAGCAGGUAUUUCAACUUCAAAGGAGGAAAUGGUUUUAAGGGCAUCAGUGUCCAUACUAACCAGUCUUGUUGCAGCAAAUAAGUCAGCUAUAGAAGACAUCAAGAAGAAAGGUCUACAGCUGUCUGAUUUGGCAAGUGCUCUAAAAAGAGAUGUGCAUGAGGCAGCAAUACUGUUUUACUUGACGAAUCCAUCUCCUGCAGAAAUUAAGAGUUUAGAAAUUUUACCAAUAUUGGCGGGGGUCAUGUGCAAUUCAAACAUUUACAAGGGUAGGUCAGAAUCUCUGCCAACACCUCUGACAGCAUCCCUGAUGAUUAUUGAAGUUUUAGUAACUGCAUUUGACCAUUGCACAAAUAUCAUGCACUUGGCUGAAAUCAGUUCUCCAAAAGUUCUUCACGGGCUCAGCAGAAAGUGGGCAGAAUUUCAGCACGAAGCAGAAUUACCAGCCUCCUCACGGCCAAUGACAUUAUCUUAUGUGGCACCGAGAUGGGUCUGA